CAACAUUAUAUUACCGUAUACAGUUUGCACAAUAUGAAACUUGAGUUUUUAAAACAUAUUUUUCGGUUCGAUAGAAAACUGUAACCAAUCAUAAUAAUUUAUUAUAAUAGUUUAUAAUUUUCAUCAAGAAAUUUUUUCUCACGAUUAGGAUAUUGUGGUGCCAUUGGCACCCCCAAUGAUGCUGACUGCCGCUGAAUUUCCUGGCUUGGAAGAUCCUGCCAUGUUGGACCAUCCAAGAAUACUGCAAGUUAUGCCUUCAAUGAACCUCGUCGAAGAACCAAAAGCUACCGAUACAAUGCCGGCCAACGACAUCUGCGAGCUGGUGACGGGCACAACACACGUGAACAUGAUGUCGCUGCUGUUCCCCGAGUACGAGGGCAUGGAGGCCAUCGACGACGAGGAGGAUGAAGACGAACAGCGCUUCAACAUCAAACUGAAUGCGUCGAUUCCGGCGCACUUCACACAAAUGCAAAUACGAGGCUCUGAGCCACCUUCUUGGUUCCCAGGUUAUUAUGUAGCAUUACCUUCGAAGCCAGAUGUCAUGAUUGAGAGAAAAUAUGGCAACAUUCUAGAGAAAGUAUGGGAGGAGGUUCAACCCGAAUUUGUUAGACCAAGCGGAGGAGCAGCUAUUAUCGGUUCCUGAUCAAAAAUGUCAUAUCUUUUCAACCUGGAUAAAUAAAUAAUAAUUGAAACGCUUA